AUGAGCUAUCCGAAGCAGCUGCAUAUGGCAGAGCAUUUCGAAGACUUGGAGAAGCUGUACAUGAAACUUCCCCCCGACAUUAAGGAUCGCGAACUGGACAUAAUAUGCAAAUCGGCACGGAAACUGAUCGAGCAGAGCGAACGAUUCUACAUCAACCGGGAUGAGGAAAUGGCGUACAUUGGAUAUAUGAAGCUGAUGAAUCUGGUGCAAGUCAUACGGAAGAAUAAGGAUUACGCGCGAAAAAAGGAAACGGUAACGAAGCUGCUCGGUACACAGACUGAGUUCAAUAGGAUUUUCGAAAAGCUGCAGAAAUUGAAGGAAAGUCUAGAGAACCGGUAUAAGGAGCGAGCCCGUCAAAAAGGACUCACAACCCUUCCAAGGGCUGUUGAUUUGGAACGGGAAAGCAACAAUGGAUCACUGGGAGGAAAGGAUGUGGGCACGAUUAUACCGGUAUCCGGACAUAAACAAACCGUCACUGCGAUGGAACUGCACGGAAUGAUUAACGACUGUCGAAUUAGUAUGUUGAUAAUGGACUGCCGUCCUGUGAAGGAUUUUGAUGCGUCUCAUUUGCGGUAUUCGUUUCUGGUUAAUGUUCCGGAACAUUUAUUGGUGGCCGGUAUGACCGCCGGAAAGAUUAACCAUGCACUACCGCCUGAAUCACGCACGCUCUGGUCAAACAGGAUGGUGAAGGAUCAGGUGAUACUGAUGGAUUGGAAUACGACCGGUGCUCCCGUUAAGGACACGCCAAUUUACAUUUUGAACUACAUCCUUUGUCAUUACGAUCAGGAUAUUGAAGAUACUAAAAUUACCCGACUGGAUGGUGGCUAUGAAAGCUUCGUUUUACACUAUCCUGCGAGCUGUUUGAAUCCUUCCUACCGUCCACCGAUGGUUGUAGACGGUAUGGGCGAUAAUAUAGACGAUAUCGAGUAUCCGAACAUUAGUGACAUUCCAAUGAAAGAAGAAAGCUUUACGAAGCCCGGAUUUAAACCGACCAUCGAUCGGAACAGCAAGAUGGCAGCAGUCAGCUUGUACGAGGCCCGCAACAAACCGCUGGAGGAUAUUCUAGUCGAACAUGAGCAGAUACUCGAUAAAUCGAAACAAAAUGCACUGGAAAUUAUAAACACCGAAACGGAAUUAAAGAACCUAGAAAAGCAACAACCACUUGAGCCCGGCGUGGACGAAACGCAGGAAUCGCUGCUGUUCGAAGUGAUGCAGCUGAAGGAUCGUCAGCGAGAUUAUGAAGCUGAAAAAGCACGCAUUUUAGAAGAGGAAGAAAGUUACAAGGAAAUGGAAAAGGAACAACAGGAACGUGGCGAACAAAUUUCUACCGAGCAAGCGGAGCAGCUAGAACGGGAAGCAUACGAGCGUAGAUUGCGCGACAAGGAACGGGAACAACGGGAGCUGGAAGAGAAAUGUCAGCGGUUGGCGCGCGAGCGUGAGGAAAAGCUUGCGCUAGCCCGUGAGCAAAAGCGGCACCUUAAGGAGAACGUGCCCGAGACAGUAAAGCGGGCUUACUCCGAAGAGGACCAGGGCCCCAAUACGUACGGCAGCAAUGUGAUGAAGUUGCCACUGUUUGACCGAUCCGCUAAACCGCUGGCGGACCAUAAUCACAACUUGCGUAUACGCGAUCUGGACGUAGUGCAGCGCGACUUUGCACCGGUUUACGGAAGUGUGGGACGUGGCCUAACCGGGUUGAAGAAUCUAGGUAAUACCUGCUACAUGAACAGCAUACUGCAGUGCCUCAGCAAUACAUACUUUUUAAAUGAAUUCUUCCACGAUCCAUCGUUCAAGAUGCACCUCAAUCGGAACAAUAAAACGCAGGGAAAAAUCGGCGAAGAGGUAGCGGCCGUCAUCAAGGCGCUCUGGACGGGACAGUACAAGUGCAUUGCGAGCAAAAAUUUACGGUACGUCGUUGGGCAGUACGAGCGACAGUUUGGUGGCAUUGAACAGCAGGAUUCGCACGAGUUCCUCACAAUACUUAUGGAUUGGUUACACUCCGAUCUGCAAACGAAACAGAUGCAGAUAUCAACCAGCCUCGAUCAGAUGCCACCAUCAGAGAAGGCAUGGAUAGAGCAUUUUAAGGGCAAGGGCAGCUACAUAUCGGAGCUGUUCUAUGGGCAAAUCAAAAGUACGGUCAAGUGCACCCGGUGCCACAAGGAAAGUGCCACCUACGAGUCCUUUUCGAAUCUCAGCCUGGAGCUGCCCCAAGAUUCAAAUAUCUGUUACUUGGAGAACUGUCUCGAUAUGUACUUUAACGGAGAGGAGGUCCGCGGAUGGCACUGUCCAAAGUGCAAAAGCAAUCAGGAUGCGAUCAAAAAGCUAGACAUCUCCCGGCUACCAUCCAUAUUGGUGGUGCAUUUUAAACGGUUUUACGCCGAUCCAGACACGAUGUCGACGGUAUACCGGAAGAAGCAAACACUCGUCAAGUUUCCGCUGAGCGAACUAAACAUGACGCGUUACCUGGCCCGUACCGAGGUUAACCGUAACAAGCGGCUAACGACGUUCCGCUACCAUCUGUACGGUGUUUCAAACCAUUACGGUUCGAUGGAGAGUGGCCACUAUACGGCAUUCUGUUUGAAUAAUAUACAUCAAAAAUGGUUCAAAUUUGACGAUUACAACGUAUCCAGCAUUGAUGCGUCGGAUGUACAAGCGAGUGCUGCGUACAUUCUGUUCUACUCCUGCUUACCCGAUCGACCACAGUCCGAUGUGCGAUAG